AUGGAGUGGGAUGCUGAUAAUUUUGAACCCGCUAAGCCCGUCAUUCCCGUUGCUGACAUUGUUGGCGGUGCUAAGCUCAACAAAUGGGAAGGCGAAGAUGAAGAAGAAAAUAUUAAGGAUAGCUGGGAUGCAGAAGAAGAAGAAACAAAAAAAACCGAGACUAAAGUCCCUGAGAAAAAAACCAAAUCAAAAUUGGAACAAAAAAUAGCUGAAAGAGAACGAAAACAAAAAAUAGAAAAUGAAAAAAUGAGGCGUAAAUUUUUGGAGGCAGAAGAAAAUUCAAACAUGACACCAGAAGAAAAGAAGCUAUUACAACAGAAACUACAAGAAGAAGCCGAUUUGGAAGUAGCCAAAGAAAUGUUAGGUGUAGAUGAAAGUGAUGAAGAUUCAAUAGACCGCAUGAAUCCAAAAUCAAAAGAAGAUUUUGUUGUUUUUGAACAAGCUCUUCAGAAAAAAAUACAAAGUUUUUCUAAAUCUGAUCAUUAUUCUGACUUUAUUGAAGAACUUAUUAGGAAUUUAUCUGUUACAUUGUCAAUGAAUGAUUUGAGAAAGUUAAAAGCAAGUGUAGAUAAUAUGAGUACAGAAAAAAUGAAAGCAGAAAAGGGUGAUAAAAAUAAAAAAAAUAAAGGCAAAGGAAAGGCUAAACUGCGACUUGACAACAGUACUAUUCCUGAUUACAAUGAGUUUUCAGCUUAUACGGUGGAUGAUUAUGAAGAGUUCAUGUAG